GGAGGGGAGAGGGGGAGCGCCAGCCCCGGGUUAAGGCGGGGCAAUCUAGCCCUGGAAUAGGCGGCGCAGAGGUCUCUGGGAAACCGGAAGUUAAGAUCGGAGCCUGUUUCCUCCUCCACCACUACCAAAGCUUUUCCUGCCUGGGCUCCUUAUCUGGCCCUGGAACUCCCUCUGCCCCGCACCUCAAGGCUGGAGUCAAGGCCGGAAAAGAUGGAGGAGCUUCACCAGAGGGACUCACUGGGGCCACUUUGCUGCCUCUACAGGGAGCCUCGAGUGCCAGGGAUGACCUUUGAGAGGGACAGACUCCCAGCCCAGGAGGUGGUGACAUUCCAGGAUGUGGCUGUGGACUUCACAUGGGAGGAGUGGCGCCUCUUAUCCCCUCCCCAGAAGGAGCUGUACAAGGAGGUGAUGCUGGAGAAUGUUUGCAACCUGCACUCUGUGGAGGGAAUCCUCAUGGAUGCUGGAGCAAGAAGGCCUGAGGAGCUGCUAUCCAGAGAUGAGACCUGAAAUGAAAGCGAAUUCAACAGAGAUAAGCCUUCCUGUGGAGAAAGUGGACUUACAAAGAUUCAUGAGUGAUGGUCCUGAUAACUUUUCUUUCAAAGAAUUCUGUGUUACACCCCCAAAUUCAUCUCAUAUUGAACAUGAAAGAAAGCACACUGCAGAAAAAUCUAGUGAAAGUAAUCAGUGCGGAAAGACUUUUAUGCACAGGUCCAGUCUUGCUAGACAUCAGAGGAUCCACAUUGGUGAGAAACGUUAUGAAUGCAAGCAGUGUGGAAAGACAUUCAGUCAGAGUGGCAAUCUUGCUGUCCAUCAGAAGAUCCACAGUGGGGAAAGACCUUAUGAAUGCAAGCAGUGUGGAAAAACAUUCAGUCAGAGUGGCAAUCUUGCUGGACAUCAGCGAAUCCAUACUGGGGAGAAGCCUUAUAAAUGCAAACAGUGUGGAAAGACGUUCAGUCAGUGUUCUGCUCUUGCUGUACAUCAGAGAACACACACUGGGGAGAAACCUUUUGAAUGCAAGCAGUGUGGAAAGACAUUUAGUUGCACCUCCAGUCUUGUUGGACAUCAGAGAAUACACACUGGGGAGAGACCUUAUGAAUGCAAACAAUGUGGAAAGACAUUUAGUUUGAGAGGAAAUCUUGCUGUCCAUCAGAAAAUCCACACCGGGGAGAAACCUUAUGAGUGCAAGCAGUGUGGAAGGACAUUCAGUCAGUGUUCUGCUCUUGCUGUACAUCAGAGAACUCACACUGGAGAGAAACCUUUUGAAUGCAAGCAGUGUGGAAAAACAUUUAGUUGCGCCUCUAGUUUUGCUGGACAUCAGAGAAUACAUACUGGGGAGAAACCGUAUGAAUGCAAAGAAUGUAGAAAGACAUUCAGUCGGAGCUCCAGUCUUGUUAUACAUCAGAAAAUCCAUACUGGAGAGAAACCUUAUGAAUGUAAACAAUGUGGAAAGACAUUCAAUUGGGGCAGCAAACUUGCUGUGCAUCAGAGAAUCCAUACUGGGGAGAAGCCUUAUGAAUGUAGACAGUGUGGAAAGACAUUCAGUCGGUGCAGCAAUCUUGCUGUCCAUCAAAAAAUUCACACUGGGGAGAAGCUGUAUGAAUGCAAGUCAUGUGGAAAGACAUUCAGUCAGAGCAGCAAUCUUGCUGUCCAUCAGAAAAUCCAUACUGGGGAGAAGCCUUAUGAAUGUAAGCAAUGUGGAAAGACAUUCAGUCAGAGUGGCAAUCUUGCUGUCCAUCAGAAAAUCCAUACUGGGGAGAAACCUUAUGAAUGUAAGCAAUGUGGAAAGACAUUCAGACGGAGUGACAAUCUUGCUGUACAUCAGAGAAUUCACACUAGGGAGAAACCAUAUGAAAGCAAACUCUGAAAACACAAUCAGAGCAGCAAUCUUGCUCUACAUCAUAAAAUCCACGCUGGGGAGAAGUCUUAUGAACAUAAGCAAUGAAGAAAGACAUUCAAUUAGACUUCUAAUCUUGUUGAACAUAGGAGGAUUCACAAUGGGAAGAAGCGUUAUGAAUGCAAGUAGUGUGGAAAGAUAUUCAGUUAGAGCUACAAUCUUCCUGUAUAUCAGAGAAUACAUGCAAGGGAUAAACUUUAUGAAUACAAGCCAUAUAGAAAGAUAUUUAAUCAGAUGUACAAACUUCCUGUGCAUCAGAGAAUACAUACGGGGCAAUGACUAAUGAAUAUUUAGUCAGAGCUCCCAUCUUGCUGCAAAUCAGAUAAUCCACACUUAGGAGGGACCUCAAGAAUAAAAGCUAUGUGUAAAGGUGUUCA